GGAGCUCAUUCUGUGAAGUGAUCAGUUUCACUGUCGGGUCUGCCCUAGAGUGAAGGGGCAAUGGCGUCUGCUAACGGCGCUGGCGAGGCGGUCGAGGUUGAGACGCAGCAGCAAGUUGAUCCUAUGGUGGAAGCGGACCAGAAGUACGCUGAGAGCUGCGCCUUUCUGAAUGCGGAAGAAUACGACAAGGCAAUAGCCUCACUGAGUCGAGCAUUGAAGCUGAGAGUUGAGAAAUUCGGGGAGCAAUCUCCGCAGUGUGGAAGCGCGUAUAUCAAGUACGGAUCCGCUCUUCUUCAAAAAGCGCGGUCGGAAGGGGAUGUUCUCGACGAAAAGGCUGUGGAGUUAAGCGAAGCCGAAGAGGAGGCGGCGCAAAUGCCUUGCGGUUAACAGGAGGAGGAGGAGGAGGAGGAGGAGGAGGAGGAGGAGGAGGAGGGAAAGGAACAGCAGGAAGAUACAGGGAGGGGAAAGCCGGAAACGAGGGAGGGUAGGGAAGGAGAACGAGAUGGAGCUGGGGGAGGAGGAGAGGGAGGAGGGGGGGAGAGGGGAAGGACGAGCAGAGAAGGGGAAAGCAUAGAGGAGGGAAAGGGGGGAGAAGAGGAAAAGUUCAGGGGAAAGUCGUGGGGGCGGGUGUGAAAUGGCACCACAUCGCUGCAAAACGUGGCACGAUUUUUUUGGGUUUCUCUCUUUGUGUGUGUGUGUGUGUGUGUGAGAGAGAGAGAGAGAGAGAGAGAGAGAGAGAGAGAGAGAGAGAGAGAGAGAGAGAGAGAGUUUUCAUCGGUCGUUUGCCUCCACCCUUCGUGCAUCACCUGAUGCAUUUGCUUUUGCGAACGAAGCCGCAACAGGUCAUCUAGUGAUACAUACAUUUUCCAUGCAUCUAUAAGAAUGACCACAACCGGCCCGUAAUAAACAGUUCCGACCAAC